UCUAAACCGUAGCAUCUUUUGUAUCCAAGGAACACAUGGCUGCUGCUAUUGUGGGAGAAGCACUACUCUCUGCUUCUGUAGAGUUGUUGUUAGACAAGAUCAUUUCAGGUGAGUUCGUGGACUUCUUUCGGAGCAAGAAGCUUGACGUUUCACUCCUCAAAAAGAUGAAAAUAACACUGCUGAGUCUUCAAGCUGUACUGAACGAUGCUGAAGAGAAACAAAUUACCAAUUCUGCUGUCAGGGAAUGGCUGGAUGUGCUCACAGAUGCUGUCUUCGAUACUGAUGAUUUAUUGGACGAAAUCAACACUAAGGCUUUGCGAAGCAAAAUGAAAGCCGAGUCUCAAGGUCAAACCUUCAGCGCUAAGGUGCCCAGCUUCCUUUCUUCUCCUUUUAAACGGUCUUAUAAGGUGAUCAAUUCAAAAAUGCAAACAUUGUUUGAAAGAUUAGAACAAUUUGCACAGAAGGGACACCUUCUUGGAUUGAAAGAAGGUGUUUCUGGUAGUGUUUGGCAUGGAACUCCUACAGGUUCUGUGGUAAAUGAAUUUGCUAUAUAUGGCAGAGAUGAUGAUAGAAGAAAACUUAAAGAUUAUUUGCUGUCAGAAGAUGUUAAUGGUUGUAAAAUAGGAGUGGUUUCCAUUGUGGGCAUGGGAGGGCUCGGUAAAACAACUCUUGCUAAACUCCUAUUUAAUGAUUCUGAUUUAAAACAGAAAUUUGAUGUUAAAGCAUGGGCAUAUAUUUCCAAGGAGUUUGAUGUUUGUAGGGUUACCAAAACCAUUCUUGAUUCUGUCACUUCAGAAACAAUUAGUCCCGAUAAGCUGAACUUGAACACUCUGCAAAUAAAAUUGCAGCAAAGCUUGAGCCAUAAAAGAUUUUUGCUUGUAUUGGAUGACAUAUGGGAUGGAAGCUAUGUUGAAUGGAACGAUCUAAUGGACAUCUUUAAUGCUGGAGAAAUAGGAAGUAGGAUCAUCGUCACAACACGAGAUGAAAGUGUUGCAAAGGCCAUGCAAACCUUUCUUCCUAUCCACUAUUUGAGACCCAUAGAAAGUGAAGAUUGCUGGUCUUUACUUGCCAAACAUGCAUUUAGAGCAAGUUGCCACGGGGAACGGUCCAACCUAGAAGUAAUUGGUAGAGAAAUUGCAAACAAAUGUGAUGGCUUACCAUUAGCCGCAAUAGCACUUGGGGGUCUUCUUCGCACCAAGUCAUCGGAAGAUGACUGGAAGAAGGUAUUAAAAAGUAACAUUUGGGAUUUGCCAAAUGUUAAUGUGCAUCGAGCUCUGCUAUUGAGCUAUCAAUAUCUUCCAGCUCCAUUAAAACAGUGCUUUGCAUACUGUUCAAUUUUUCCAAAGAACUCCAAGUUAGUCAAAAAGACCGUAGUUCAGCUGUGGAUUGCAGAAGGCUUAGUGUAUCAGUCCAAGAGUGAGAAAAGCAUGGAAGAAGUAGGUGAUGAAUACUUUGAUGAACUAGUGUCAAGGUCCCUGAUACAUCGACAGUCUGUUGAUGGAGAAUCAAGCUAUGACAUGCACGACCUCAUCAAUGAUUUAGCUACAAUGGUUUCUUCUUCAUAUUGUAUCAGGUUGGAUGAAAGGAAGCUGCAUGGGAAUCUUGAAAGAGUACGUCAUUUGUCAUACAAUAAAGAGUAUUAUGACUCUUUUAGUAAGUUUGAUACUUUGUAUGGAUUGAAAGGUCUGCAUACCUUCCUAGCUUUACCAUUACAAUUACAAGAAAAAAAUUCCUGGCCAAUCAAUUAUCUAUCGAACAAGGUAAUACAUGACUUAUUGCCAGCUAUGAAACAAUUAAGGGCUUUGUCUUUGUUUAACUACGAAAGUAUCACUGAGUUGCCCGACUCUAUUGGAAAUUUGAUAUACCUGCGAUACUUAAAUCUCUCUCGCACUCAUAUUAAAAGGUUGCCUUCUGUAAUAUGCAAGAUUUACAAUCUACAGACCUUGUUGUUGUGUGAUUGUAGGGAUCUCAUUGAAUUGCCCGAGGACAUGGGAAAAUUGGUCAAUCUACGCCACCUUGACAUUAGUGGCACUAAAUUGCAGGAGAUGCCAAUACAAAUUGCCAAACUAGAAAAUCUCCAAACCUUGUCUGCUUUUUUUGUGAGCGGACAGCAAGAUGGAUUGAAGGUUGCAGAGCUUAGUAAAUUUCCCCGUCUACAGGGCAAGCUUUCCAUCUCUGGACUACAAUAUGUUACUCAUCCCUCGGAUGCUUCUCAAGCAAAUUUGAAGAUGAAGGAACAGAUUGACGAGAUGAGACUAAAAUGGGGUUGGUAUGAACGCAAUACAGAAGCCACCCGACAAAUUGAAAGUCUUGUACUUGAACAGUUGCAGCCCUCAACAAAUUUGAAAAAACUGACUGUCGAUGGCUAUGGUGGAAGCAGCUUUCCAAAUUGGUUAGGUGAUUCUUCAUUUGGCAAAAUGGUGUAUUUGUGCAUAAUUAAUUGCCACCAUUGUUCGUCACUCCCACCACUUGGACAGUUAGUUAGUCUCAAAAAACUCAUGAUUAAUGGGAUGAAAUCAGUAAAGAGUGUGGGUGCUGAAUUUUAUGGAAGUAGUUCGGCUUCAUUUAAACCAUUUCCCUCAUUGGAGACUUUGUCAUUUAGGGACAUGGAUGAUUGGGAGGAAUGGAAAUUGAUCGGAGGAGAAGCUACAAAGUUUCCUAGACUAAGACGUCUGUCCCUUUCAUAUUGUCCCAAACUGAAAGGAAAUAUACCCAACAACCUUCCUUCCUUAACUAAACUUGAGUUAAGGGGUUGUCCUCUGCUGGAGUCAGGAAAUUCAGAUGAUAAUAAUAGGAACAUUGUGAGGUCAUCAAAUCUAUUCAGCCAAAUGAUUUCUUUCAAUUCUCUUCAAAAGUUAACCAUAGAUGGCUUUCCCUCUCUGAAGUCCUUCCCAAUAGACGGUCUACCCAAAACCUUACAAUCACUUGAUGUCGAUUCUUGUGUGAAUCUGGAAUUCCUUCCUCAAGAAUCAUUGCAAAAUUACACAUCACUUGAGGAUUUGAAAAUAAGUUAUAGCUGUGAUUCAAUGACAUUCUUUACCUUGGGCUCUCUCCCUGUGCUCAAAAGUCUUGACCUUUAUAGUUGUAAAAAUCUUAAAUCGAUUUUAGUUGUAGAGGAUGAUGUUUUGCAGAGUCUCUCCUUUCUUCGAAGUAUCAGUAUUCGGAGUUGUAAUGAACUGGAGUCAUUUUCCCCAGGUGGAUUGCCUGCUCCUAACCUUAUUAGUUUGGAGGUGUAUAACUGUGAGAAGCUUAAUUUACUAGCAGAGCCAAUUAACACUCUCACUGGUCUUCAAGAAUUGAGAGUUUAUAACCUUCCAAAUCUGCAAUCUUUUGCCAAAGAGGGUUUGCCUACCAAUCUACGGUAUCUCAGUGUCGCCCGACUUGGAGGGAUUUUGUCGAAUCCUAGAGUUAUUACUGAGUGGAGUUUGGAACGGCUCACUUGUCUUUCCCUGUUGCGGAUUCAAGGUGAUGAUCUCGUGAACACGCUGAUGAAAAUGGAUGUGCAAGUCCUACCAGCUUCUCUUGGGCGCCUAUUCAUCUCUGAUCUUGAUAAUAUAAAAUGCUUGCAUGGGAAGUGGCUUCAGCAUCUCACCUCUCUCCAAGAACUUAACAUUUCAAGAUGUCCCAACCUCAAGUCGUUGCCAGAAGAGGUAUUGCGUUCCUCUCUUUCCAGACUGGAAAUCGACGGGUGCCCAUUACUGAAAGCAAGUUGGCAGAAGAAGCGAGGGAAAGAGUGGCAUAAGAUUGCUCACAUUCCCUUCAUAAUGAUCGACUAUGAAAUAUAUUCUUCGUGAACCCUACUUGUGCUAAUCAGGCUGUUACCUGAAGCAAAGCCCAGUAACUGUUUUGCGAGCAGAUAAGGAGAAAGAACAAUAUUGCCUCAUAAUAUAUUAGCUCAAGCAGGGGCCUCGAUGGUAGGCGGCAUAUCAGAUAAUGGUUUCUGGCUGAGUUAAAGCCACAAUGGAGACGAUAAUUUCCAGAAGUGAGUAAUAGAAAGGGCUCGUGAAAAGAUUGACAAACUGUUCAACUUCAACUUCACAGUGUUGAUGGGAUAUUGUCUUCUAUACGAAUCCAUUGUUCAAUCAUUUAUGGAAGGGAUUUGAGGAUGAAGCCUGGAGUUUGUUGCAGGAUUUGGAAAAUGUGGUAUAAGUCUUCUUUUAUGGAAAACAAGUGAUUUCUGCAUUGGGUAGAAGCUUGUCAAAGAUGCAGCCCAAGCUCUUCUUUGCAUACAUGGAUGUUUUACAAGACAUGAAAAUAGUACAUAUUGCAAUGGGAUUUGGAAUGACAAUAGAGGUAAACAAGCAGCAAUUGUCACUAAGAUCUAUCAUGCACUGAAGAUUGAUUUGCGUUUGAGCAUGGUCCGCAGUACAGAUUGCCACAGCAGUGGCAUUUCCUUAGAAGCUGAUAUGAUCAGAGACGUAAGUAGUUGGCCUACAGGUUUAUAUUUGCUCAACUGGAGGUGGAUUCACCUGAUGAUACCUCACAAGUCUGAAUGAUGUUGGAAUAACAAACUUCUAUUGGUUUCUGGGUGUAUUAAUCGACUCUAAGACUUCUAUUAGCACCCUCCUCUUCAACAAAAGAAAAAGAACAUAAAAACAAUAUUUGCUGCAGACCCAAUUCUUCUUCUGUCAAUGUAAAACUUUCUUCUUGCUGCAAACCUUUAAACACAGCUAUUUUAGAUGUAAAUUUACUAAAUGUGUGUAGUAGACAAAGGAUGAACUCUUCACGAUGAAUUAUGUUAUCUGGAAUGCUAUAUGUCUGAAUAUUAUUGGGGGAUAUGCAUUAAUGGCUACAAAA